GUGAGGACCAUUCCCUCGAGCCAUGCGUGGUGUUGUUGUCGUUGAUGACGUGGACGGUUCAUUUCGGUGCGGGUCAUGAGCGAGUUGGUCGCGGCGGCGAAUCAGACCCAGUCAUUAUCCAUGUCCUUCCGAGAGACCACCGGUCCAGCCAGAUAGGGAUAAAGGCUGGGAGUUGGUGCAGAGGUAGAUGAUUUCUCAGGUUGUGCAGGUGGAGGUGGGGGGAGGGGACAAGAAGAGAAAGGAUUGGUAUGAGAGAAUGGUUUUAGUAAUUCAGUCGUUUUCUCCUUGUCUUUCUUUUCUGCACUUUCAUGCGCUUGUCUCUCACGAUUUUCACUUUCUUUCUCCAAAAUAGAAAAACAUCUCUCAUGAAUUGUACAUUGUUCUAAAGCCUUAGUUUUAACACUCUUUCCGGACAGAAUAUUUUUCUAUUUUGUCUUUAGCGUUUGUAAUUCAGUUUUACUUAAACUUCCUCUCGAAGGGAAACCUAGUCCUUUCACCCAUAAGUCAAGUCCUUGUAAACAGUCUUCACCAUACGUACAGAGGAAAACAGGAUGCAGCCUCUGCAUGAGCGGAGUUCUGUGUUUGCAGAAGCGUGUGGUGAAUAGCUCGAUACAUCUUUCAUCACAGGAAACACCUAUUCAUGUGAUGUGGUUGAGCAGUCAGCUGCAGCAUGCUAUAGUUAUGACACGUAUACAAGGUUAAAAUGAAGACAAAGAAUUAAACAAAGAAGUAAUAAUUUUGACAUAACAAUACACUGAUACGCACACAUGUGGCAUCUACUAUGCUUGUAAUGAUCUAAGUGACCACUUGUCCCGAAGAGCCCCAGGCUGGAGGGAGGGAGGACCCGCCCCCUCUGAUGAGGCAACUGAUCUGCAGUCAGUGAAGUUUGGAGUUUACAGAAGAGGUGAAAUGUGAGGGUGAGGCACAGCGUUCAUGAUCCGCGCGGAGGAACCUGCUACAAUCAACCACUGGCGAUGGCAAAGGCUCGGGUGUACAUUUGUUGCGCGGUGCUGCUCGGCGUGGUCGUGACAGUUGUGUGUUUUUAUUUAUUUAUGAGGCGCGAGUGUCCUGCCGGGACCUUCUCACAUGCUGCUGUGGCUGCGGACUCUCAGAGAUGUUCAGAGAUUGGACGGAACAUCCUUCAACAAGGAGGCUCAGCAGUAGAUGGCGCCAUUGCUGCACUGCUGUGCACCAGCAUCGUGAACCCACAGAGUAUGGGCUUAGGAGGGGGGUCCAUAUUCACAGUGAUGGACAGAUCUGGUAACGUGAAAAUCAUCAAUGGCAGAGAGAAGGCGCCGCUGAAGUUUAAACCUGACCUGCUCAGGUCCUGUCCCGAGACCUUCCAGAUGCUGCUCGGUAACGAUCCAGGUAGCCAGUGGAUCGGAGUCCCCGGGGAACUCCGAGCUUAUGAAGAGGCGCACAGACUCUAUGGGAAGUUACCAUGGGCGGCUCUCUUCCAGCCGACCAUCCAACUGGCCAGAGAGGGGUUCCCUAUUCCUGACAUCCAAGGUCGAAACAUCCGAUACACAAACCAGACCCGAGCACUGCGGAAGUUCUUUUCAGAUAAGGACGGGAAACUACUGGAGACUGGUGAUAUAGUGAGGUUUGAGAAACUAGCUGACACCUUAGAGAUCAUCGCAAAUCACGGGGCGGACGCCUUCUACACCGGCAGAGUAGCAGAGGAUUUGAUCAUUGACAUACAGGAGGCAGGGGGAACACUCACACUGCAGGAUUUGGCGGCGUACAACGUCACGGUGACGGAUGCGUGGGCUGUUCCUGUAGGAGAGUACCAGAUGUACAUCCCUCCACCCCCCGCAGGCGGAGUCCUCCUCAGCUUCGUCGUCAACGUCCUGAAAGGAUAUGGCCUGAACUCGGCUUCUCUGCAAGAUGAACAAAAGACGCUGACUUAUCACCGCUAUAUCGAGGCCUUCAAGUUUGCCAAUGGACUGAAGAAACAAAUCUACCCACAGUUUUCUAAGGAGGAGGCGGUGAGGAAAUUCACCAAGGACAGUUUUGCUGACCGCAUACGGACCUUGAUCAGCAGCAACGAGACUCACGGUCCUCAGUACUACAACAUCACCCCACACCUGGACAGUGUGGGCACCUCACAUGUGUCUGUGCUGCACGAAGAUGGAUCUGCUGUGUCGGUCACCAGCUCCAUCAACCACAGCUUUGGCUCCAGGAUCCUCUCUCCUCGCACUGGAGUCAUCCUCAACGACCAUCUGAGCGACUUCUGUGGCAGAGUUGAUCACAUCACUCCCGGAGAUCAGCCGCCCUCCUCCAUGGCUCCCACAGUGCUGAAGUCUCCGUCAAAGACCUUGGUGAUUGGUGCGUCCGGUGAUACUAUGAUCACAUCUGCAAUCACAUCGACUCUCAUGAACCACCUUUGGUUUGGAAAGAGUCUUCAGGAGGCGAUCGCAACUCCUGUUGUUUACGUUGACUCUACAAACGCAGUGAAAUUUGAACCCAACUUUGACGAGCGGGUCAUCGAGGCGCUGAAAGCUCUGGGCCACCAACGAGAAACCACCAGCAUGUUAAUCAGUGUAGUCAACGCUGUGGAGAAGGACGGUGACUGUAUCAGCGCGGUGUCUGACGCCAGGAAACUGGGCCAAGCAGCCGGUUACUGAGGCCAAGAGUCAGUCACAGGGCGGUCUGAAGGUUAUAGAGACUGUCUCCCGGCACGAGGCUUGCAAAUAAAUGGGACAUUCUUCCGUGAAGCAUAGACACGAUUCACAGAAUAAAUAAAAGAUAAUGUGUUUUCCUCAAAAUCAGGGGGAAAUAAGUGAAUCGUGAAAGGAAAAGGUCAGAUUUUAUGAUCCUGGUGAUUUUUGGGGGCGGGCCCUGUUGCCCUGUCACAUGGUAUUUGGACCUUGGGGGUGUGACAGUCACACUGUGCCCUGAACUUAUAGGAGCCACCUUGCAAAUGCCACUUUACCAUGUCUGGCAGCAGGAGCCAAAAAUUGCCAGCAGAGCAUCAUGUGUACGCCUUUUCUCAGACAACCAAAAAUCAUGGUAAUCUGCAGAGAUAAGAGGGCGGCAAAUACUUUUUUUCAUAGGGCCAUGUAGGUUUGGAUAGUUUUUUCCCUCA